AUGGUUGAGAUUUACAUUAACAAUCGUCGCAAUUCCGACUUGGAAUCUCAGUUAACUCAGGGCUGGGACUUAAAAUUGCCUGAUAAUCCUAACUUGUGUGACGAUAUUCUUCUCGAGUUGGAGAAGGCCGUUUCCAAAUUAGAGGAGUCCAAUGAAUACAUAGCGAAGGUCCUGGAGGUUUGUUUAUUUUAG